AGAACAGCGUUCCCACAGGAAAUGUUGCUGUGAGUUGCUUCAUUACAGUACGCCACGCUGUGCUCUUUAUUUUCUUACCUCUGCCUCGCUCCUUCUCAGGAUUGAUACUCAUCCACCUGUGCGACAGACACCUGUCACACAGAGACAGACGUUUCCUCGGCUCACACCAGCAACACAAAGAAGGGACAUUAUCACAGAACUGAGCUGGGUGGACAUUGCACUGCUUGGUAAGUGAAAGCAGGUGGCUUGUAAAGAACAGAUAGAAACCUCUAGAACAAGCAUGUCAAAAGGGGCAGGAAAAGCAGAAGUGUUUCGUACUACCAAAGUGAGGACCAGGUUGAGGGAUGAUGGAAGCUGGUUGCAGCGCCGCAGUGAACCUGACGAUGAACAAGAAGAAGAAAAGCCAUGGUUGGCAGAAGUGAGGGCCAGCCGUGUCAAUGGAGCUCCUGCUGAGACGAGUCCAGUUUCAUCACCAACAAAACCCACCCCGCCUCCCACCAACUCUGAGACCCAGAGUGCACCAAAACCAGGAUACCUGAUAAGAGGCGUUUUCACUAAACUAGACAAGCCUCCCACUAACACACCGUCAACUAACGGCCCAAGUGGAACAAAACAAUUCACCAAAAAACCUUCAGAGAGCUACAAGAAAAUAGCCCCCUACACCGUGAAGCCCACUUUGGAGAGCCAGGAGAGCCAGCUUAGCCCAGAGGAGAAGGAGAAGCGGACGGAGGCAGCCAGCAAUGUUCUGAAGAAUUCUGCAGGCCGGCAACGGUCUUAUGUGCUUUCUGCUGCUAAGAAAUACGAGACAAAACCAGAAGAACCUGAUACUUCUUCACCAGUCAACAACAGUCUAGCUUUUGUUGCUAAAAGGGUGGCGUUAACAGAUGAUGAUGAAAGUGCUGCGACUCCAGCACCUGUGAGCUCUCCGCCCCCCUCCUCUGUCGCCCCAGUCACAUCUGUUGCCUCUGCACCUAGGCCCAAACCACGGCCACCGGUCGACUCAGAUGUUAAGAAAGCUGUUGAUGCCAUCGUUAAUAAGCCAGUUGCACCAAAGGUGGAGAAGAAGAAAGCCGCCCUGGAGCCCGCCAAAGAAGACCUAUAUCCAGCAUCUGUCCCAGAAAAAAACCCUUUUGAAGGUAUGAAACCAGGGUGCACCAAGGUGGCCACCCCUCUCCCUGUAUUCAUCCCUGAACCAAAAGAUUUAAAAUCUGCAGUGCAAGAUGAAACACCUCUGGUUGACCUCACCCCAGCAGCAGUCCCUCUUUCACCCACUCCAUUGUCUCCUACCCCGGCUCCAGCAGUCCCACUUUCACCCAUUCCAUUGUCUCCUACCCCAGCUCCAGCAGUCCCACUUUCUCCCACUCCAGUGUCUCCUACCCCGGCUCCAGCAGUCCCACUUUCUCCCACUCCAGUGUCUCCUACCCCGGCUCCAGCAGUCCCACUUUCACCCACUCCUGUGUCUCCUACCCCGGCUCCAGCAGUCCCACUUUCUCCCACUCCUGUGUCUCCUACCCCGGCUCCAGCAGUCCCACUUUCUCCCACUCCUAUGUCUCCUACCCCGGCUCCAGCAGUCCCACUUUCUCCCACUCCAGUGUCUCCUACCCCGGCUCCAGCAGUCCCACUUUCUCCCACUCCAGUGUCUCCUACCCCGGCUCCAGCAGUCCCACUUUCUCCCACUCCAGUGUCUCCUACCCCGGCUCCAGCAGUCCCACUUUCACCCACUCCUGUGUCUCCUACCCCGGCUCCAGCAGUCCCACUUUCACCUACUCCUGUGUCUCCCACCCCUGUGUCACCUGUCCCAUUUGUGCCAAUCCCAGUGUCUGCUGUAAGAGAGAUCACAGUGAAUACAAAACCAUCUCCAAAGCCAAGCUCCAGUGUUGACACUUUGAGCGCCUUGUCCGACACCCUCAUUUCUUUCAACACAAGUCCAAGCAGCUUGAAAGAUAACGAGCCAGACCUGGCAAAGGAAGAAGGGGGCUCAGCGGACACUCGCACCGCAGAGGAGGGUGAUGAAGAAGAGCCAACUCCAAAGAUCAGCAACUGUAUACCAAUUACAGACGAUCUCCUGUCUCUUACUGAAGGCAGUCCCAAGGAGUCAACAGAGCCCGUUCCCCCCAGCCCGGGACGCUGGAGUCAGUAUCUGCUUAGCGGACCAGACAGUGAGUCAAAGCCAGCAAAGUCCAGUGGCACCCUGGAUCUCCUGGCUAAUGAUGUCAUAAUAAUGAACACAGAGGCUCGCAGCCUCAGCAUGCAGCCAGAGGAGGAGAAACCGACAGAUGAGACAGCCAAAGAAACACAAAGCUCUACAGAGACUGUCACUGUAACCACCAAAACUGUGAUCAGUACUGACAAAAGCGAGGAGGACAUUGCAGAUCGCUGGAGCUCACGUGUGAAAACAACCACAGUCACCGAAUCACGCUCGGCUGAUACGUUUGAUCCAUAUCCGAUAGGGACCACAUCCCCUAACAGCUCCUCUGACCUGCUCCAGCCGCUAGCAGAUAUUUCCAUCAACAGGGUGUCAAGAACUUCCACUGAGAACAAAGAUCCAAGUGAAGACACAUCUAAUGCUUUGGAAUCCCUCGCAGAUGAUGUAAUCCCCAUAAACACUGAGGUUAAAAGCCUCAGCACUCGGCGGUCGUGGACACGCACGUGGGACACCAGUACUACUGAGCGGACUUACACAGAAGAGAGAGACAAAGCUAAACCAGAGGGCCAAGAUGAAUAUCAAAACAUGACGGUCAUGUUUGAGCGAAAAUCCAAGGAGAAUGACUCCCCAUGGGACCGGUGGACGUCACCCACUGUCUACACUACCACCUAUUCUUCAGACCAGGGAGAUGAGGAGGAGGAGGAGGAAAGCCUUGAGGACACACAGACACAGACAAUCACAACCACCACCACUAUCAGGGAGAUACACGGUGAGCCAGAGCCCGCUAUGGAUCGUUAUGACACCUAUUCCAGGACUGUGAUAGAGGAAGAGCAGCGUGUCCAAACACCAGAACCCGAGACAAAAAAGGGGUUUGUGUAUUUGAAGGAGUACGUGAAUUCAUCAGAGCUGUCCCUGCAUAAUGCCAGAGACACAGCCGACGGUGGGUCAGAUUAUUUGACAUCAAGAUCUGCAAACUACUCGUACAGCAGCCCCCCAAGCGGCUCGCUGUCAUCCACCUGUAACUACUGUGGAAAGCUGGUCGGCAACGACGCCAAGAUCUCCAUCGAGCACCUCAAUGUCAACUGCCACCCUGCCUGCUUCAAGUGUGCCGUCUGUGAUAAGCCAAUGGGAGACCUUCUCUUCAGCAUGUUCCUACACGAUGGGAAAGUCCACUGCGAGAGCUGCUACUCCAGCGCCCUUGACUGAUUAUCAGAGCUCUUCAGCAGCCUCUUAUCCUCGUCACCUUCUCUUCCAUGUUCAUUUGCAUACAAAGUGCGAACCGGUCAGUCUCAUAGUUUAGACUGUGUUCAGUUUUCGACUUAGCAACGAUGGAGAACAAUACGAUUACUUAAUGACUCUUACAUUAGGUUCAAUUUUCUAGUUUCUCAAACAUUAUACAUGUUUUUUUUGUUUUUUUUCUUGGUGGUGAAAGCUGUAUCUGCCUCAGUAAACUAUGAAGGAUGUGUCUGUGCAACAUAUAGCAGACUAAUACAAGCGAGUGGGGUACUAUCUUAUAUUUUAGCAGCACUAGUUAUACAAGAAAAUAACUUUGUUACAAAAUGUCUACAUCUUUUUUUUUUCUUCCUUAUAAAAAACAGUGUGUUAACAUGUACAAUGCUUUGUUAAGAAAAUAAAAUGAUUUAUAUAA